AUGGCAGACCAUAACCACUCCCAAUUCCAGCACCCUUACUUUGUCUUAACUGGAAUCCCCGGACUUGAGCAGAAGUACUACUGGAUGGCAUUCCCACUGGGUGCAAUAUAUGUCACUGCUCUCUUUGGCAAUGGUAUUAUCAUCUCUACAAUCAAAUCUGAGUCAUCUCUGCACAUUCCUAUGUACUACUUUUUGUGUAUGCUGGCGUUUGCGGAUAUGGGGCUCACCCUCUGUACUCUGCCCUCUGUGCUCGGCAUAUUCUGGUUUAACUACAAAUUCAUCACUUUUGAUGGUUGUCUUACUCAGAUGUACUUCAUUCACACCUUCUCAGCCAUCGAGUCAGGAGUGCUAGUCGCAAUGGCCAUUGAUCGUCUUAUAGCCAUCUGGAGUCCUCUCAGAUACGGCACCAUUUUAACCAGUGGUGUGGUCUGUAAAAUAGGGAUACUCAUCUUGUCAAGAGCAGUCUGCGUGGUCUUCCCUGUGCCUUUUCUCAUCAAGAGGCUUCCGUUUUAUCGCUCCAACAUCCUUUCUCACUCCUUCUGCCUCCAUCAAGACGUCAUGCGCCUUGCCUGCGCCAGCACGCGUGUCAACAGUCUCUAUGGCCUCAUAGCUGUCAUCUUUACCAAGGGUUCUGACUCCCUCUCCAUCCUCUUCUCCUACGUGUUCAUACUCCGCACGGUGAUGGCCAUAGCCUCCGGGGAGGGCCGGCUGAAGGCUCUCAACACUUGUGUUUCCCAUAUCUGUGCUGUACUUAUUUUCUAUGUGCCAUUGAUUGGAGUAUCGGUCAUCCAUCGCUUUGGGAAGCACUUGUCACCACUGACUCAUGCCCUUAUGGCCAAUGCCUACCUUCUUGUCCCCCCUGUGCUAAACCCCAUAGUUUAUACUGUCAAGACCAAGGAGAUACGAAAAAAGAUUAUCCAGAUAUUUGUUAGAACCAAAAUUACUUCAGAGGGUUAA